AUGAAUUUAUAGGUUAAGAAACUAUGAACGUGCUUGAUUAUAAUUACGGUUAGUGGAACAUGUUCAUGUUGUGUGUUUACUUGUGGUAAAUUAAUCGAAGAAUUUUGUUGUACUAGUGAUUUUAGUUCACGAUGUUUGCUCUAUUCGAAAACCCAGCUGGAUACGCGGUAUUCAAGCUUACCGAUGAGAAGAAAAUUGAAAAAGCAGAAAAUAUACAUUUAUCUUUUGAAACUCCAGAAGAGGCCAAUAAACUAUUGAAAUUGAAACAUUUUGAAAAGUUUAAUGACACAACAGAAGCCCUUGCUGCAACAACAGCUGCUGUAGAAGGUAAAAUAUCUAAAACUCUCAAAAGGGUAUUGAAAACUAUUGUCGAUGAUGCUGAAAACAAAGUUCUACUUGUUGGGGAUGCUAAACUUGGAAUGGCAAUCAAAGAAAAAUUCGAUCUUCAGUGCUUAUCAAACAAUCCUAUUCAGGAACUGAUGAGAUGUAUAAGAUCUCAAGUUGACAGUCUGAUUUCUGGUUUAACUAAAAAAGAAGUAACUGCUAUGUCUUUAGGUUUGGCACAUUCGUUGUCAAGAUAUAAGUUGAAAUUUUCUCCUGACAAAGUUGAUACUAUGAUUGUUCAUGCAGUAAGUUUGUUGGAUGACAUAGAUAAAGAUUUGAAUAACAGUUACAUGAGGGUCAAAGAAUGGUAUGGAUGGCAUUUCCCUGAACUGUCAAAAAUUAUCACUGAUAAUUUAACAUUUGUUAAAGCUGUUAAUAUCUUAGGAACAAGAGACAAUGCUGCCAGUUCUGAUUUAUCAGAUAUUUUACCUGAAGAUAUUGAAGAACAAAUAAGAGAAGCUGCCGAAAUAUCUAUGGGUAGUGAAAUAGCCGAAGAAGAUAUCCUAAAUAUUCAAAGUUUGUGUGAGCAAAUUAUUCAAAUUGCCAAACAUAGGGAUCAAUUGAAUAAAUAUGUGGAAAAUAGGAUGCUGGCUAUAGCACCUAAUUUGUCUGUUUUAAUCGGUGAAUUAGUUGGAGCUAGAUUAAUUUCUCAUAGUGGGUCUUUGAUGAAUUUGGCAAAGGAACCUGCAUCUACAAUACAAAUUCUUGGUGCUGAAAAAGCUCUAUUUAGAGCAUUAAAAACUAAGAAGGAUACUCCUAAGUAUGGUUUGAUAUAUCACACUGCAAUGGUUGGAAAGACAAGUACUAAAAAUAAAGGAAAAAUAUCCAGAAUGCUAGCUGCUAAAGCUGCAUUGGCUAUUCGUGUAGAUGCUUUUGGUGAAGAUGGCCUUAUUGAUUUGGGCACAGAACACAAGGCGAAAUUAGAACACCGGCUUAGAAUUUUAGAAGAAGGUCAUAUAAGAAGGAUAAGUGGCACUGGAAAAGCACAAGCUAGAUUCCAAAAGUAUCAUGGAGAGAGUCAAGUUAUGCAGUAUCAAUCAGCGGCUGAUUCAACAAUGCCUACAAAAAGAAAAUUUUCAGAUGCAUUUAAUGACUCAAAUGUAGAAGAGAAACCAGAUUUGAAACCUGCAAUCGUUAAAGAAGAAGCUCUGGAUGAAGACAUCUCUCAAGCGGAAGAAACUCCUAAGCGAAAGAAUAAGAAAAAGAAGACAGAAGAAAAUCCUGCUAAAAAAGUAAAGGUGGAAACAGUUGAAGAGUUAAAUGGAAGCGAAACUGUUGAAAACAGUCAACAACAGAAAAAGAAGAAGAAGAGGAAGCAACAAGAAUUGGAAGUAGAAGCUGGAGUACCAGAAGCUGAUGCAGCUGAUACUCCUAAAAAGAAGAAAAAAAAACAGAAAGACCUUAGUGACAAUUAACAACAAUUGAAGUGAUUAAAAUGAUCAUUAUGUUGGAAGAUAGAUUAAUCUAACGGAAGGUUUUUCAAUCUUUCAUAUAAGUGUAGAAUUUUAAAUAUUGUGUACAAAUGUAUAAAUUCAAUUGUUUAUUUGAUAGAAUUUUAUAAACUAGAUGUAAAUAUUAUCGAUUUUUAUACUUACCAUUUCAAGCAAAUAAGUAAAUUGCUUCUGAUAAAUAAAACUUUUAAAAGAUA